AUGCUUUUGGAUUUAAUAAAACACCAGAUUGUCAAGCAAGAUACACAAUUGCGUGAAGCGAUUCCUGUUCAUGACAGAUUAAUGGUCACCCUCCGUUUUUUGGCUUCAGGAGAUGCUUACAGUAGUUUGCAAUACCUUUUCCGCAUUCCACCUUGUACAAUUGGAAGAAUAGUUUUCGAAGUAUGCCAAGCUAUUUAUGAUAAUUUAAAGGAAAAAUAUUUAAAGUGUCCUUCUAGCACAGAAGAAUUGAAGAAAUGUGCAAAUCAAUUUGCAUUAAAAUGGCAAUUCCCACAUUGCUUUGGAGCAAUUGACGGCAAACAUAUUACAAUAGUGGCUCCACAAAAUACGCCUCACAAAGUAAAAUAUGUUACUCUGGCAACAUGUGCAUUGCAUAACUUUUUGAUUUCUACAUCAAAUUAUUAUUUGUGCCCGGGUUCGGUUGAUUCGGAAAAUCCUAUUACUCGUGAAAUUGUAAAUGGCGAAUGGCGAAAUGAACUUCAACCAGAAGGAACAUUGUUUCCACUAGAAAGGGGACGGCAGCGGAAUUAUUCAAUAUCUCAAAAAGAUGUGAGAGACGAAUUUAGAGAAUAUUUUAUGACAACUGCUGGUGAGGUUCAAUGGCAAUAUCCAUUCAUAUGUUGA